AAAAAAGGGAAUAAAACAGAAGAAAGAGAGAAGCACAUCUGAGGAUCAAAGACACGGCAAGCAGCAAAGGAAGUGAAGCGAAAACGAAGAUGAAGGCGUUAGGGUAUUGGUUAAUGGUGGUUGGUUCGCUGAGGUUAGCUGCGGUUUGGUUCGGUUUCUUCAACAUUUGGGCUCUUCGUCUCGCCGUCUUCUCUCAGACCACCAUGAGUGAAGUACAUGGACGUACGUUCGGAGUAUGGACACUCUUGACAUGCACUCUCUGCUUUCUUUGUGCAUUCAACCCCGAAAAUAAACCGUUAUACUUGGCUACCUUUCUCUCAUUCAUCUACGCCUUAGGCCAUUUCCUGACUGAGUACCUCUUCUUCCAUACAAUGACCGUCGCCAAUCUCUCAACCGUGGCCUUCUUCGCAGGCACGUCGAUUGUGUGGAUGCUCUGGGAGUGGAAUUCCCUUGAACAACCGCACUCCAAACUUUCUUGACUUUUUUUUUUUUUUUUCAAGAAGACAUGUAACUGGGUCUUUCUUCUUUGAAACUUUUUAAGAGUUGGAAUCAUCUCCGGCUUUUUUGCUCGGAUUCCUAGAGCUGUUGUGAUCUAUAUAUUUCAUCUUCCUAUCUUUGAUAGUCUCAAGGAGACUUGUAGGACUUGUUAUCUUCUAAUAAACCUGACUCAAAUUUUUCAAUCAUGUAUUGUAUGACAUCUGCUACAGCUGAAUUGACUUUUUUUUUUCAAA